GCCGUGGUGAACGCUCGAGCACCCGCCGCCGUGGGUCCGAAAACCGCAAAUAUCUGUUUUGCUCUUUCGUCGCGGUUCUAAGGCGGUUUAGCAGUGAUGAACAAAUGAGUGUUACAAGUGUCAAAUAAAAACUAUUCUAUUUUUUUUUACCGGUUUACACUUAAAUUAGCUUUUGUAAAUGAUGCUUUUUCGACAGAAUAGAAAAUGGUAGCUGCUAACAGCGGUAACUGGUUCCAAUCUUGGGGUCCUCCAAGUUUUAUUACUGAUCAACAACCAAUUUAUAGCCCUCUUCCACUAAGGAAUGUCAGCAGCCCCAGCAAUUACGACUUUAACUAUCAACCAUUGGUUCAAAGUUCGCCUGCUUAUGGACCAAACUCUUUGCUAACGUACAUGUUAGCAUUGAGUGUUGCAAAACCUAAACCUAGAUAUUACACUGGAAGCGAAGGAAUUCGGAUUGAAACUACUGGUCCUUUUAAAACUUGGUAUUACUGGAAAACGUUGGAUUUCGCUUACCCAACCGAAGAGGAUAGACAAAUAGCCAUUUUAAAAGAAGAGUUUAUUCCCAAAAAUAAUCUACCGCUUGGUGUAGAGGUUUUCAAACAUAGAAUAUUUGUUUCCAUGCCAAAGUGGAAGCCAGGUGUACCAGCAACUUUGGCCGUUAUACCAAGAAUACCAAGAGAAUCAUCUCCAAACUUAGUCCCUUAUCCAAAUUGGGAUUGGCAUAGAACAGAUACUUGUGAAAGCAUCACGUCAGUAUUCAGAGUAGCAGCUGAUACCUGCGGUCGUCUUUGGGUUCUAGACAGUGGCCUCAUUAAUGUGACAAUUAAGCCCAAACAGAUCUGCCCACCAAAAAUUCUAGUUUUCGACUUGAAGACGGACGAACUUCUUUUUAAACACGUUCUACCUGACGAAUUUAUCAAAGAAGAUAGUUUGUAUUCAAAUAUUAUCGUAGAUGUCAGACACGAUUGCGAGAAUGUUCACGCCUACUUGGCAGAUGUUUGGAGAUUUGGAAUAGUGGUAUUCAGCCUGGCGAGAAUGAAGUCUUGGAGAAUCACCGAUCAUCUAUUUUUUCCUGAACCGCUUGCAGCAGCAUAUAAGGUACACAAUCUGAAUUUCGAAUGGACUGACGGAAUUUUUGGUAUGGCACUUAGUCCCUACAGUCGAUAUGAAACAGAUCGGAUCCUCUACUUCCAUCCCAUGUCAAGUUUUAGAGAAUUUUAUGUAAAAACUUCAGUGAUUUGUAACGAAACUGGUUGGUCCGAAAUAAAAAAUGCUUUUAGAGUUAUGGGUCAAAGCAGAGGCAAAUCAGGACAUGUAUCGGCUUCAAGAAUAGAUAGGAAUGGUAUCAUGUUCUACAAUUUAGUGACCAGGGAUUCCGUAGGUUGCUGGGAUUCAAGAAAACCAUAUAAGCGAUCAAAUUUAGGAUUAGUUGCUCAAGACGAAGAGACUUUAGUAUUCCCAAACGAUCUGAAAAUCGAUCAAGAAAAGAGACAGAGCGUUUGGGUGUUAAGUAACAAGUUGCCAUUUUAUCUUUACGAAGGACUGGAUCACGAUAAGAUCAACUUUAGGGUAUUGUCUGCGUACGUCGAUGAAGCUGUGAAAAAUACCAUUUGCGAUCCUAAAAUAACUGGUUACGAUACUUUUGUUGACUAUCAGGGAGAAGAUGAUUGUUAUUGAUUAUUCAUAAAUUAAUAGUUGAAGUUUAUAAAUAUAUUUUUUUAUUUUCGAGGAAACAGCAUUUAUUUUUUGGUUGCUUUACAUUAGGCAGGUUUUAUAUUUUUACAGAUAUUUUUAAUCCAUUUUGUUUCGAUAUUUCGUU